AUGGGAAUCCUCUUCACCAGGAUAUGGAGACUGUUCAAUCACCAGGAACACAAAGUUAUCAUUGUUGGUCUGGAUAAUGCAGGGAAAACCACCAUUCUUUACCAAUUUUCUAUGAAUGAAGUUGUACAUACAUCCCCUACUAUAGGAAGUAAUGUUGAAGAAAUAGUAGUUAAUAAUACACGUUUCCUAAUGUGGGAUAUUGGCGGCCAAGAAUCUCUUCGUUCUUCAUGGAACACUUACUAUACUAACACUGAGUUUGUCAUAGUUGUUGUGGACAGUACAGACCGAGAGAGGAUUUCUGUAACUAGAGAAGAACUCUAUAAAAUGUUAGCACAUGAAGAUCUAAGAAAAGCUGGAUUGCUGAUUUUUGCUAACAAACAAGAUGUUAAAGAAUGCAUGACUGUAGCUGAAAUUUCCCAGUUUUUGAAGCUCACUUCAAUUAAAGAUCACCAGUGGCAUAUCCAGGCGUGCUGUGCUCUCACUGGUGAGGGAUUGUACCAAGGACUUGAAUGGAUGAUGUCACGACUUAAGAUUAGAUGAUCUCUACUGACCUCUAUUUGUAGACUUUGCAUAAAUGAAGUGCUGGACUAUAAUUAACCUGAAAGCUGCAAAAAUUAAUGGGUUAGAUAUAUUUAUAAUAAACUGACAAAUUUUUUCUAUAAGAAACAAAUUAAGACCACUUCUUUGAAAAGAAAGAUGGAGUCUCACGUUCCAGUUUGCUUUCACAUUAGUUUCUUCUGAAGUUAGGUCUUAAAGCUGUGAUUGACAUUUCUGUCAUGAUGAAUCCUCUCAGGACAUUGUGUAGUCUGUGGUAAGUAUAAAGGGAGAGGAAAGCAUUUUUAACUACAAGAGCUUUAUUAUCAGUAUAAACCUCCCUAAGAUGAAUGUUGUCUUUUUGUUUGAUUAAGUCAAAAAAUAUCAGCGGCAUAAGUAUUCAAUUUCCACUAUUUUUAAAUGUAUUGUUAAUAUGAGAAAGAUGUUUUGCAUCAGUUUGUAUAUGUAUUGUGUGUAUACCUCAAAUUUAGGUUAAUGGCUUUGAUUUCUAUACUAAAGAAAGGUGAAUAAUAUAUCUAACCUAAGUGAAUAACAUGCUUACUUAUACCUAGAAUGAAACCAGUACGUAGAUAUUGACAUGCCACUUAUACUUUGUCCUUUAUGUUCUCUGUUUUGUAUUAACAUACCCAGAAAAAUUUUGCACUGCUUCUUUAAAAAAAAAGAAAAAUGGAAAGUUUCUAAAUUUUGAGAAUGGGGACAGGGGUCAAACUUAAUCACUCACACACACACACACAAUAUGGUACACUGGAGUGGAAUUCUUAUGCAGUAGUUGAUUUAGUAUUAUGAACUGCCACUAAUUUAUUUCCAGAAUGUUCUUUUUUUUUUAAAGGACUAAUACUGUCUUAUUUAAGUAAUCUUGUAUUUGAAAUUAUGAGAAUACAAUUUAAGAAGUAAAUUUCCAAAGUCAAUUAUGAAAAAAAACAUCUAAAUGUGUCUUCAAAUGGUGUAACCCUUCAAAGAUUCUGAAGUAUUGGUUUUAGUUA